GGGUAAGACAAGACGACCGCAGGAGGACCUGGUAGGUCUCUUUGAGGGGUCCAUGCCACCGACCUGUGCUCUCCAGGGUCCAAAAGGCUGGUGGGGGGUGGCUGGCCUGUUUGCGCUGGAGGCACUUAGUGCAGCCACGCUGAGCCGCACUGUUCAAACAGACUCCCCGGCCUCCAGACACCUGUGCCGAGGAGGACGAGGAGGGCGAGGCAGGCAGGAGCUGGGCACGGGUCCCCGGGCACUUCCCCCGUCUCCUCCCAGAGGCAGCCCCGCAGCCCCGGCAGAUUCCCGGCCACACCAUGCCCCAAGCCAGGCUCUGCAGCUGCUGGGGUGGCCGGGUGCUGCCCCUGCUGCUGGCCUACGUCUGCUACCUGCUGCUUGGUGCCACUGUCUUCCAGCUGCUGGAGAAGCAGGCGGAGGCUCAGUCCAGGGACCAGUUCCAGUUUGAGAAGCUGCGCUUCCUGGAAAACUACACGUGCCUGGACCAGCGGGCCCUGGAGCAGUUUGUGCAGGUGAUCAUGGAAGCCUGGGUGAAGGGUGUGAACCCCAAAGGCAACUCCACCAACCCCAGCAACUGGGACUUUGGCAGCAGUUUCUUCUUUGCAGGCACGGUUGUCACCACCAUAGGAUACGGCAACCUGGCACCCAGCACGGAGGCAGGCCAGGUCUUCUGUGUCUUCUAUGCCCUGGUGGGCAUCCCGCUCAAUGUGGUCUUCCUCAACCACCUGGGUGCAGGCCUGCACGCCCACCUGGCCGCCCUCGAGAGGUGGGAGGAGCAGCCCAGGCGCUCCCAGCUGCUGCAGAUCCUGGGCCUGGCUCUGUUCCUGACCCUGGGGACGCUGGUCAUUCUCAUCUUCCCGCCAAUGGUCUUCAGCCACGUGGAGGGCUGGAGCUUCGGUGAAGGCUUCUACUUUGCCUUCAUCACUCUCAGCACCAUUGGCUUCGGGGACUAUGUUGUCGGUACAGACCCCAGCAAGCAUUACAUCUCGGUGUACCGGAGCCUGGCAGCCAUCUGGAUCCUCCUGGGCCUGGCCUGGCUGGCUCUGGUCCUCCCACUGGGUCCUCUGCUUCUGCACAGGUGCUCCCAGCUCUGGCUGCUCAGCAGGGGACUCGGCCUCAAGGAAGGGGGAGCCCCUGAGAUGGGAGGGGUCCCCAGACCUCAGAAGACCCCCAUCUCUGCAUGA